AUGGGCGAGGCCGGCGGGCGGCCCGGGACGGUGGAGCAAGCGCGGAGCGAAGUGGUCGGUACGGGGCGUGGAGGGUGCGCUGCGGCGUGUUGUGUGCGCGGGCACAGUGCGGUGCGCGUGCCUGCAGUUUCGCAGCGUGUCAGCUUUUUCACACGCUGCCAGGAUUUUCGCGCGAACGGAAAAAUCGUUGUUCGCGCGCCGUGGAAACGCUGCGCUGUUUUGUUGGCGAGCCGAAGGGGAGUCUCGCGCAGCGCAGCGCGCGAGACAACAACGAAAAGACCGAGGUGGGCGAGCAGCCGAGGGUCGCGCCCAGAGACAGACGGCGGUGGCGAUGGUGUGCGCCGGGUAAACUGCAGCGGCAGUUGCUCACCCGGCAGCUUCGUGUCGGGUGACGCGGCUGGUCAAAGGUGCGGCUUACCCCGCCGUCGUUCUCCGUUCCCUGGUUUUGCGCUGUGUGUGCCGACACUUGCGCUAGGCCGAGCUGGGUUCCAGUACAUCGCCACUUCCACGCAGGCAUGGUCAUCACUGAUGGGUUUGUGUGUAUGUGCGCGCCGUGUGCAGUGA